AUGUAUAAUGUUCUGGCCGUUGAUGAUGAUACAACAUGUCUACUUAUACUCAAAGCAUGUCUCGAAAAAUGGAACUAUCAAGUGACGGUAGUAAAGCAUGCACAUGAAGCUCUUAGCAUGCUUGGGAACAAACCUUUUGACAUGGUUAUAAGUGAUGUUCAUAUGCCAGACAUGAAUGGUUUGAAACUUCAAGAACGCAUAAAUCAAGAUUUUGGUUUACCGGUUAUUUUAAUAUCAGCAGAUACUAGAGCCGAAGUUAUGUGCAUGGGCAUAAAAAAUGGGGCUCAACGCUUCUUUGUGAAGCCUAUAGUGGCCGAAGACUUGAAAGAUAUAUGGCAGUUCGCCGAGUGGUGGAAGAGAAAUAGGAAUAAUAAUAUCGCUCCAUGCACACAAAUUAAUGAAAGCUCUGAAGAGAGUCUGGUUGGUAGUCACAAAAACAAUGAUAAUACAACCGGAAGAUGGAGAAACAGACUUGUUUGGACAUGUGAACUCCACAGCCGUUUCGUGGAAGCUAUUUUAGUUAUUGGUUAUGAUAGAGCUGUACCUGCAAACAUUCUGGGAGUCAUGAAUGUAGUGGGACUAACGAGAAGACAAGUAGCGAGUCACCUGCAGAAAUAUCAGCAGUUCCUUGAAGGUGUGUUGGCUGGCGAGAAAAAUAUUGAAUUUUCUAAUUGGACAGAUCUUAACUAUUACUCGAGAUUUGUUUCGGGAAAUCCAAACAUAAUAUUGCUUAAUCAGCUCAAAGCCGAGCAGAGAAAAGGAAAUUCAUCAGCAUCCCAAAAUCCUCUACGACCACAUAAGGAAGGAAACCUUAAUACUACAGCUCGAGCUCGUAACGGAUCAUUGUCAUCAUUCCCACGGUUGCCACAACUCACCAUAGGUGAGGAGUUAACAAGGAGUACUAUAUAUGCAACUUUGCCGCAAAAAACUGACUCUUCUAAGAAUGUGGCUUCAAGUGGGCUCGGAAAUUCAACUUUACCCAAACUAGGAAAUAAGCAUGGAGAACCAAGUAUGGACAUUUCAUCAUGUGCAAAUCAAUUUGGAAACACCUCAGCUAUGAAUGCACCUGAACUUGGAGGUGAAAAAAUGACUGAUGGAAGCUGGUUCAACAACACUGGUAGAGAAGAUGGCAAUGACUACUUGUUGAAUGUUGAGGAUGAGGAUGAUGAGGAUGAGGACCUUAAUCCUCAAAGAAAUUCUGAACGAGAUUUAUAA